AUGCCUUUGGUCAAAGCCAGGCUGCACAAUGGAUUAGACCUCACUGUAAAAGAGGUAAAAAGUGUCUUGUCAGCCCAUGAUGUUGUUUUACCUGGUGCACCUUCAAAGUCUGACUGCUAUGCAAAGCUGAUGGAACUACAUGCUGAAAAUGAUCUUCAAAUGCAAGAGUUUCUUCAAAAAUCCAAAGUGAAACUCAACCAAGGGGAUGAGGAGGAGGAGGACAGGGUUUCUGAGUAUGAAGAGCUCCUUGGCAUGAUUGAAGAAGAUGAUAUAAACAGGAAUGACCCAGAUGUGAAGCAGGAGAGGGCAAAACUCAAAAGGAGAAGGCUUCAAAAGCCAAAGGUACCUGAGGGCCACAUCACUUUAGAACCAAAAAGAGGUAGGGGCCGAGGCAGGGGGAAGGGAAGAGGUAGAGGCAAAGGCAGGUCCAAAGGCAACCCUCCUGAAGAUGGUGGCACACCUGCCAUUGAAGACACACCCUCUGGAAGGAAAGGCAGAGGCAGAGGCAAAGGUUCCAAAAAAAGAAAGGCAGAGGCCAGCCAAGAAGCCCCAACAGAAGAAGAGAUCAGAGCAGCCUUUUCAGACCCUCCAGCAGUAAAGGCAGAGGUUAGCCAAGAAGCCCCAACAGAAGAAGAGAUCAGAGCAGCCUUUUCAGACCCUCCAGCAAUGCCACCUGCACCAGAAGAGAAUCCAACCACACCAGAUGAUGUGGACCUAAAUUUAUUGCUAGAAACACCUCCUGCAUCCCCCACUAAUAACCCACAGCCUGAGCCAGCUGAUGGUGGCACUCCAGACCUUGCCAAUGACAUGCCUGAAUUUCAAGCAGCCAGUGGAGAGAAAGCAUGUGAAGAAUUUGAAGUGCCUGCAGCACCAGCACCCCCAGCCAAUACCACCCCAGGAAUUGCAGCACCAGCUGCAGUGGUUUGUGAUGUACCUGAUGUUGCUAGUGCUAGUGGUGAGGGUCCAGCAGUUCAGCCAAAUAUUGGUGGAUCAGCACUUGAGCCAAAGCCAUUACCUGUUGCUCCUGUUGUAGCUUCUGAUGCCCAGCCACCUGAUUCACUGCCUAAUGAUGGUAAGGAUUCAGCAUUUGAGGCAGCCCCUGGUUCCCAGCCACCUGACUCAUUGCCUAAUGCUGGUAUCAGGGAUUCACCUGAUUCUUUGUCUAGUGAUGGUGAAGAUUCAGCAUUUGGUAAGGAUUCAGCAUUUGAGGCAGCCCCUGAUGCCCAGCCACCUGACUCACUGCCUAAUGCUGGUAUCAGGGGUUCACCUGAUUCAUUGUCGAGUGAUGGUAAGGAUUCAGCAAGUGGUAAGGAUUCAGCAUUUGGUAAGGAUUCAGAAUUUGAUGCAGCCCCUGAUGCACAGCCACCUGACUCACUGCCUAAUGCUGGUAUCAGGGGUUCACCUGGCCCAUUGCCUAGUGAUGGUUUAGCACUUGGUAAGGAUUCAGAAUUUGAUGCAGCCCCUGAUGCCCAGCCACCUGACUCACUGCCUAAUGCUGGUAUCAGGGGUUCACCUGGCCCAUUGACUAGUGAUGGUUUAGCACUUGGUAAGGAUUCAGAAUUUGAUGCAGCCCCUGAUGCCCAGCCACCUGACUCACUGCCUAAUGCUGGUAUCAGGGGUUCACCUGGCCCAUUGCCUAGUGAUGGUUUAGCACUUGGUAAGGAUUCAGCAUUUGAGGCAGCCCCUGAUGCCCAGCCACCUGACCCACUGCCUAAUGCUGGUGUCAGGGGUUCAGCUGGUCCAUUGUCUAGUGAUGGUUCAGCACUUGGUAAGGAUUCAGCAGUUGAGGUAGCCCCUGAUGCCCAGCCACCUGGUUCACUGCAUGAUGCUGGUGGUAGGGGUUCAGCACUUGAGCCAAAGCCAUUACCUGAUGCUCCUGUUGUAGGAUCUGGUGCCCAGCUUGAAGAAAUUGAGCCACAACCAGCUGAGCCAGCUCCUGUUGCUAGUGGUAGUGGGGAUCACCCUUCAGCUGACACUGAGCUAGCUGAGCCACCUCCUGUUGCUAGUGGUAGCAUGGAAGGCCCUUCAGCUGACACAGUUCCUGCAAAAACUAAGGUAAUGAUCAUAGAUGGACUGCUUCACCAAACACUGGUGUUGAAGUUGGCAGUAGGAGCAGGUGUUUUGAUUCCAAAGAUCCUGCUAGUUGGCAGGCACGUCAGUGACGGCUGCGAUGCCGUGGAGAUGGAAGAUUCACAGGAUCAGCACGAGUACUUUGUGAACAGCCGGGGCCUGGAACCAUUGCUGGACUUCGUGGGUCGUUUCUUCAGCGCCUCGGAGGAGUUGAAUCUGACCCUCAUCAAGUGCCAGGAGGAUGUGGCAAACGAACUGGAUGAGAAAGAGAAGAAUCUCCGGAGUGCCUGGGAGGAUCAUGAGAGAAGAAUUGGUGGCAAAGCCACUGGGGAGCAGAAGAACGAUGAAGAUCAAACCCUGGACCAAGUGGUGCAGGAGUGCAUUGCUGCGCGCUUGCGUGCGCUGAACGAGGGAGCUGUGACGCACUUCCGGCAGAACCUCAAUCACUACGACGAGAAGAAGGGGGAGUUCUCUCUGACAAAGUUGGCCAAAGUCUAUCAGAGUUACUGGAAGGACAAUGAGACCCGCAUGCAGGUCGAGGUUCAAGAACGUCCCGAUGCGAUCUAUCAACUUCUCCGCGUGCCGGACAAGAUCUGUGUGGAUCAGCAGCUAAAAGAUCUUCAGGAGAUGGAGAAGAUUGGCAAAAAGCAUCAGCAUGUUCGCCAGCCGCAUCGAGAUUUUGAUCGCCUUCAUCUGCAAGCGAAGGAUGCGCAUACGAUCUUGAAGACCAUGCUCUGUGACAGCGCCUCGCGCGAGCAUCCGGAAGUCUCCAGGUGGUGUAACCAGGAGCUCACCCCUGAAACGCCACCCAGUGUGCUGCAGACGGGUCUGGCAGAUUUUUUGCAGGACAAUCAGGCGCAAGCCAUCGAUGCAGGUGUCAUGAGCACGUCGCUCCUGAGCGACCUGGACAAGUACAAGUACUUCGGCCGCCACGAUCGACGCACCAACAUGUCCUUGGUCUACUUGGAGUUCCCCAACGCACGUGGCCUGUGGGAAGCCCUCGAGGAGCUCUUGAAACGCGCGCAGCGGCUCUUCCUCUGGCAGGUGCGGAACCACUUCAGAAUUCCCACGGCGCUGGGGGAGUACUACAUCGCCUUGAAAUUCCAGCUGCAGUUGAAGGAUUCCUAUUCGUCGCUGCACUAUGCUGAGCUGCGGCUAUGUUUGUCGGGCAAGUCCAAGAAAUUGAACACCAUCCAGAUGUUUCGCGAGACCAUGAAGAAGGCAGAACAGAUCCUGCACGAGAGCUGCGCGGUGCCGCUGAUGGAGACGGCGCUGGUGGCGCAGUUCCUUACGUCGAUGUUGCGCAGCCGCUCCAUUCGGCACAACGAUGUGUUUUUUUUGCGCUCGCAGGACGUGAACCUGGAGGUCGAUGAUCAGAAUGUCUUUGCGCAGAGCGCUGAGUUGAUGAGUUGUCAACUCUUCAUCAUCGAACGUGAGGCCGGAGCCGGCGUGGUAAAGGCUGGAGAUCGGAUCCGCCUGAAGUCGCAGUUCACGCAUAAGUACCUGGAUGUGCACGCUAGCAGCCAUCUACGUUGCCGAUUGUUGCAACCUGAUCCGGACUACGAUAUGACUUUCACGGUUGAGAUCGUUGGGUGCCGUGAUGACUACGCGCUCUCUCGUGUGGGCAUGACCAGCAAGUUGAAGGAAUUCCGGGGCGUGCAUGUUGAGUCGACCUUGAAGCUCAAGGUGAACGGCCUGAACUGUGUGACUGUGAGGCACGGAGGCGCCAAUUUCCUCACGAGUUUCGGCGAAAGGUUGGCGGUGAAGAGUGAGCCCAUGGACGCCAAGUUGGCCGCUGGACAAGUCUUCACCAUCUACCGCGACGGCGCGCAGGUCCUGGACUUCCAUGCGCCGCACCAGUCGGGGCGCAAGCCAGUCAGGACCUUGGCCGGGCAAACCUCGGAUGAGAUCUUGCAGAAGACCAUGAUGGAGGCGCACAUGAGAACUGAGAUCUCCUCAACGACUGACGCAGACGAAGGUUCCUUCCGCCGAGUUCCGCCGGCCUUCCGGACCAUGAUGUGGAGCAUUGCCGGGCACUUCCGAGGCGAAGCCGAGCAGAAAAGCGCGGGGCCAGAGGCUUCCCUCCGCAAGCUUUGGCAAAGAGGCUCCAAAAACAUGGCGGCCAUGCUGCGCUGCGCCUACAUGUUGCUGGAGGUUCCCAAAGCACCGGGUGGUCGCAGGUACAUCUUGGAAGCCUUCUCCACCCGUCUCACACGGCAUUCGGUGCUUUCCAGGAUCAUCAGCAUGGUGUCUGCCUUGCAGGUGAUAGGUCAGCGGCUGAACGAUGCCCCGGACUUGGACAUCGCCUGCGCGUUGCUGCCCAAGAAAUUUCUCAGGAUUUGCGAUGCGGCCAUCACCAACCUGCCUCUCUGCCAAAGUCCUGAAGAUGUCGAGGGCAAGGAGGAGAAACGGGAGCAGCGGGAACAAGAACGCCACGAGCGCGAACUGGCGACCUUGGACCGGGAACGAUUGUGGACCAUGAGUUUGGUGAGUUCUUAUGCCUGCAGAUGUGUGGUGCGGCCCAUGUUGAAUCGCUUGCAAGUGGCGGAUCAGCGGCAGUUGGAUCCCAACGAGUUGCUGGUCUUUGCGGAUUUCGCCAAUCUGAUGGCUGCCAUGGUCCAGAGCAUCUUCGACAACGAGAUGCGUUGUGUUACACAGGACCACAAAAAGAAGGCAACCCUCAACGGCCUCGACGCCCUCCCAGCGCUGCAGAACGGCACCGGCAACGGCGCCGCCGCCAGCGCGGGUGGAGCGGAGGGCGCAGCAACGGAGGGGGCGGAGGACACUGGAGCCACGCAGAGCGAUGCCAUGGUGGUGGCUGCGGACACGGCAGGUGCCCUGCAGCCGGUGGAGGCCAAAAAGAAGGCGGCACCCAACGCCUUGUCCGAGGACGCACGUGCCACGGUCGUGGAAGAGGUGAUUCCACCCAUUACCAUCAAGGCAUUGGUGCACUUGUUCCUCUACGCCAUCCACCAGGAAGCCAUUGCCUUCCGCAACGGCGCCUCCAGUGAGGUGCCCGUUCGGCUGAUCAGCGCCAUGAUCAACGCCUGCAUCGCGGCCUUGGCGGCGGUGAUGAACCUCACGGGCAGCAGCAACGCUUUAGACUUGCCCUUUGACUCUGUCGAGGCCGGAGGGAAGGUUUCCUGCGACUACGACAUUUGCGAGGCAGUCUCUCAAGCUAUGACGGAAGGAGCGCAGCUGGUGCCCCGCGCACGCGUGGCACAGCUUCAGGUGGAGCGAGGGAUCGAUGCCUUGCGGCCAGAGGUACAAGAGAUGCUGCAGGACGGCGAAUUCGACUUCAGUUAUGGGGUCCAGAAGAAGUUGUACUCCACGGAGAGGGUGAACACCAUCUCCUACGUUUGGACCAGGAACAACAAGCACCUGGAGGAGCGUCGUUCCAUCCUGGUGACGACCACACGCUUCCGCUUGUUCUUCCUGGGCUUCAGUGAGGACGGCGCCAUGCCCAGGAGAUCUGACCUCUUCUUGCUUUCCAGCGUCCGGGAUAUGCGCAACAUCCGACGUGCCGUGUUUUCGUCCAGGAUCCGGCAGUUUCUUUGCCUCCUUUGGGAAGAAGAGGUCGACAUGGAAUUCUUGGUCUUCGAAAGCACGUCGCGUCGGAGGUACUUUCAAGAGGCUCUCAGGCGCGUGCCGCGCGAGCGGAAGAAGAUUGCAGGGGAAGAGGCGGUCAUCAGGCGGAACGCCAAGGGCAUCACGGGUGCCGUGAAGGGCGUGUGGGAGGUCUCCGUGAACCCCGCGACGAUCGCCACCAUGCUGGACACCUGCCAAGUCCGCCGCGGCGGCAUUCCUUUGGUGAGUGUGUCCUUUGUACAUACUUCAGGCCUAGUCAUGGCAAGCAGGCGCCUCUCACUCUUAGUACUCACCAGAUGCAGCCUCACCGUCAUCCCCUUCCAUAGUUUCUGGAGCAAAUUCUGGAGGCCCAAUGAUGAUCGGUACUACGACGCCGACGAGAAUGUUGAUCAGGCGGCGAUGGAUACAGACUCGGACGAUGACCAGCUGCCGCCUUUCAAAGAGACCGUGGUCAGCACCUCCAACGAUACGGAGGAGAAAUUUGAGGCGUCCAAGGGCCCCUUCGACUUCGAUGAUUUGCAGGGUGUGUGGUUCUUGGCUGAGUCCAGCCCUAAGGUGCGGCUACAGUUUUCCACCACCCUGGACCUGGUCUUCACCAGUGAUGGUGAAAGACAAAGGUUUCGAAGGCACUUGGCCAACAUCUUGUCCGAGGAGGCCGCUCCCAAGGCUGGCAAGACGCGGCAGCAGUGGGCCGUGGUGCCUACGGAUCAGACGGAUUUGAAGAGCAUCCAGAAGGAGACCACCAAGCAGAACGCCAUCAAGGCUCUCGCGACCUGAGGGCCUCUGCGUGGGGAAGAAUUGGAUGCU